AUGCUGCCUUAGAUUAACAAAAUAGAAAGGUUAUCAAAAAAAGUAUGGAGAAUUUUAGGUUUAAAUCCAGGACCUUUUACUCUUUAGGGAACAAAUACUUAUUUGAUAGGAGAAGGAAAAUAUAGAACACUUAUAGAUUGUGGAUAAAAUGAAGAUGGAUAUAAAGAACUCUUAAAGCAAGUUUUAGAUGAAACACAAAGCUAAAUUUCUUAGGUGAUAUUUACUCAUAACCACCCUGAUCAUACUUUAGGGAUCAAGGAUAUUCUUGAACUCAAAUAAAAUUGUACAUUUAAGAAAUAUAUGUAUUUAGAAGAAGAUUAAUAGCUUGAAUAAGAGUAUGGAUUUAAAUAUGAGCAAGUUGGUUUUUAAGAUAUGGAAAUAGUAAAAGGCGAAGACCACACACUAUAAGUUAUAACAACUCCUGGGCACUGCACUGAUCAUGUAUGUUUCUAUCUCUUUGAAGAAAAAACUCUUUUCACUGGAGAUUUUAUACUAUCAGGAUCAAGCAAUGUAAUCAGAAAUUUAAAAGAUUAAAUGAAUUCUUUCAAAAAGUGUUUAAGCUUAGAUGUUGAAAAUAUCUAUUCUGCUCAUGGAGUAGCUAUAACAGGAAAAGAAGAAUCUCAAAAAACAAUGUUAGAAUAAAUGUAGCAUCGUCAAAUGAGAGAAGAUAAAAUAAAAGCAGCUAUCAAAUAACUUGGAUAAUGUAACUCUAAUUAAAUACUUGAAAUAGUAUAUCCCGGUUUGUAAGAAAACUUAGUUAAUGGAGCACUUCAUAAUAUUUCAGUGCAUAUUACUAAAUUAAUUGAUGAUAAAUUAGUGCUCAAAUUAGAUAACUAACAAUUUAAAUGGGUUGAAGAACCUAGCUUAUGA